CAUGCCUCUAGGCUGGGAGAGGAUCAAUGUCAAACGCUCAACACCAAACAAGAACAUAGUCUUCAUCAAGCCCCGCCCUGGUCCAGAUGAAAGCACGGCGAAGGAUUUCCUGGAGCGGAUCGCCGCCCAGUGUCUCCCCAUAAUGAACAAGCAUCACCUUGCCGUCGUCUCUCUUGAAGAGUAUGAGCCAAACUUGGAGUUCUGGGGUCGCAACUUCAAUGGUGGAGAAGUCAUACAACUCGUUCUUAAAUCACCGUCGACUGGCCGCUGGCUACCAUUUAAGUUUGUGCAGAUGGUCAUGAUGCACGAACUUGCGCAUAACAAACAAAUGAAUCAUUCCAAGCAUUUCUGGGCUGUCCGGAACGAGUUCUCCACGGAAAUGAAAGCUUUAUGGGAGAGAGAAUAUACUGGUGAAGGGCUCUGGGGCAGAGGAAUCCUCUUGGAAAAUGGUGCUUUUGCCCGUGAGGAACUUGACGAAGGCGAGGCGUUGCCCGAGCAUCUGUGCGGGGGUGGAUUCCGAUCACGAGGUAGAAAGAGGAAGUUGAAACCGAAGAUAACCUACAAAGAGCGGAAAGAGCGGAAGGAACAGAAAAUCAAGGCAAAGUUCGGCUCCGGAAUGACAGUAGGCGCGGAUGAAGAAACGAAAGCAAAGUUGGAGAAGGGGAAAAGACCAGUAGGUAAACCCAGGGUUGCGAGUAGUGCGAGAGGAAGGGAACUUCGUGCUGCUGCCGCGCUAGCAAGGUUUGAAGUCAAGAAGGAAGAAGAAGAAUCGAAGCAUAACGACGAAGAUCUGGUGACCGACAGCGAAACAGAAGAUGAGGACAAGUUCAUCAAACCCGACCCCGACGAUCUUGUCGACAGCAAAGGGAACAGAAUCCUCGAUGCUAAAGGUCGAGGUAUGGUGAAAGUAUGCGAAGAGGAGGGAAACGAUGACGAGGAUGCUAAACUGGAGUUAUUGGAACUUCAGAAUAUGAAGAAGAUUGAUGGUCAUAGUAGUAGGCUUUCUCGUCCCCCCUUGCCUCCUCAUACCAUGCCAGACCACCCGUCGAACCCUCCUCAGCAAUCAAAAAAAAGGCAAAUAAAAAUCCUGCCACCAGAAUCAAAAUCAGAACCACCACCUAAGUCAGAACCCACAAUGAGGGGCAAGCCGCCGAAGGGACCAGAACCGGACAUACAAGAAGGCAUUUCCAAAGCCAAGGAGAACCAGCAGAGUAGCAGCGUACCAUCUUGUCCCGUCUGUUCCGUUGAAAACGAACCGACGGCUUUAACUUGCAUUGUCUGUUCGAACGUUCUCCAACCCGAAUUUGUUCCUGGUUCGUGGAGGUGCGAUAGCGCAACAUGUAGAGAAAACAGUUACCUAAAUGCAGGAGAUGUGGGUUUAUGCGGCGUCUGUGGUACCAGGAAGUGCUCCGAUUAAUGGUACCUUGAUAUAUGGGAAUGCGAUGGCGUAUGGAUUUGUUCAAUAUACACUUUCUUUCUAGGUGCCUUAGCAAGCAGUUAUUGC